UCACCCCCUCCGCCCCUGCAGGCCCGCGACACGGUCACGUCCGAACUGGCCGCGGUGAAGAUAGUCAAGCUAGACCCAGGGGACGACAUCAGCUCCCUCCAGCAGGAAAUCACCAUCCUGCGUGAGUGUCACCACCCCAACGUGGUGGCCUACAUUGGCAGCUACCUCAGGAAUGACCGCUUGUGGAUCUGCAUGGAGUUCUGCGGUGGGGGGUCUCUGCAGGAGAUUUACCACGCCACCGGGCCCUUGGAGGAACGGCAGAUUGCCUAUGUCUGCCGGGAAGCACUGAAGGGUCUGCUCCACUUGCAUUCGCGCGGGAAGAUCCACAGAGACAUCAAGGGAGCCAACCUUCUCCUCACCCUCCAGGGAGAUGUCAAGCUGGCUGACUUCGGGGUGUCAGGCGAGCUGACGGCGUCCGUGGCUAAGAGGAGGUCUUUCAUUGGGACUCCAUACUGGAUGGCCCCAGAGGUGGCCGCUGUGGAGCGCAAAGGUGGCUACAAUGAGCUGUGUGACGUCUGGGCCCUGGGCAUCACUGCCAUUGAGCUGGCCGAGCUGCAGCCCCCUCUGUUCCAUCUGCACCCCAUGAGAGCCUUGAUGCUCAUGUCCAAAAGCAGCUUCCAGCCGCCCAAGCUGAGAGACAAGACUCGCUGGACCCAGAGUUUCCACCACUUCCUCAAGCUGGCCUUGACCAAGAACCCCAAGAAGAGGCCAACAGCAGAGAAGCUUCUGCAGCACCCCUUCACAACCCAGCAGCUCCCUCGGGCCCUCCUCACGCAGCUGUUGGAUAAGGCCAAUGACCCCCACCUGGGAACCCCCUCCCCAGAAGACUGUGACCUAGAGACUUAUGACAUGUUUCCAGACACCAUUCAUUCCCGGGGGCAGCACGGCCCGGCCGAGAGGACCCCCUCGGAGAUCCAGUUUCACCAGGUGAAAUUUGGCGCCCCACGGAGGAAGGAAACGGACCCCCUCAAUGAGCCGUGGGAGGAGGAGUGGACGCUGCUGGGAAAGGAGGAGCUGAGUGGGAGCUUGCUGCAGUCUGUCCAGGAGGCCCUGGAGGAAAGGAGCCUGACCAUCCGGCCAGCCUUGGAAGUCCAGGAGCUGGACUCCCCAGAUGAUGCCAUGGGAACCAUCAAGCGGUCCCCAUUCUUGGGGUCGUCCUCCCCUGAGCCCCUAGCUGAGGAUUCUCUGUGCAGCCCCCCAGGAACCCCGCCCCCUCCUCUCCCAGCCCCUGACAGCCCGCCACUGCUCCCCACUGCCUGGGCCACCAUGAAGCACCGGCUGGAUCCUGAGAGAUCGUCUUGCCACGGGCUCCCCCCGACCCCCAAGGUGCACAUGGGCGCCUGCUUCUCCAAGGUCUUCAAUGGCUGCCCCCUGCGGAUCCACGCUGCUGUCACCUGGAUUCACCCCGUCACCCGGGACCAGUUCCUGGUGGUGGGGGCGGAGGAGGGCAUCUACACCCUCAACCUGCAUGAACUGCAUGAGGAUACGCUGGAGAAGCUGAUUUCACACCGCUGUGCCUGGCUCUACUGUGUGAAUAACGUGCUGCUGUCGCUCUCAGGGAAAUCCACGCACAUCUGGGCCCACGACCUCCCGGGCCUGUUCGAGCAGCGGCGCCUCCAGCAGCAGGUUCCCCUCUCCAUCCCCACCAACCGCCUCACCCAGCGCAUCAUCCCCAGGCGCUUUGCCCUGUCCACCAAGAUUCCUGACACCAAAGGCUGCCUACAGUGUCGCGUGGUGCGGAACCCCUACACGGGCAGCACCUUCCUGCUGGCCGCCCUGCCCGCCAGCCUGCUCCUGCUGCAGUGGUACGAGCCGCUGCAGAAGUUCCUGCUGCUGAAGAACUUCUCCAGCCCCUUGCCCAGCCCAGCAAGGAUGCUGGAGCCACUGGUGCUGGACGGGAAGGAGCUACCGCAGGUGUGCGUGGGGGCUGAGAGCCCCGAGGGGCCCGGCUGCCGUGUCCUGUUCCACGUCCUGCCCCUAGAGGCUGGCCUGACGCCUGAUGUCCUCAUCCCACCUGACGGGCUCCCGGGCUCGGCCCAGCAGGUGAUUCAGGUGGACAGGGACACAAUCCUAGUCUGCUUUGACCGCUGCGUGAGGAUCGUCAACCUGCUGGGUGAGCCCACGGCCACAUUGGCGCCCGUGCUGACUUUCGACUUCUCCAUUGAGACUGUGGUGUGUCUGCAGGACAGCGUGCUGGCCUUCUGGAGCCACGGCAUGCAAGGCCGCAGCCUCGACACCAACGAGGUGACCCAGGAGAUCACAGAUGAGACAAGGAUCUUCCGAGUGCUUGGGGCCCACAGGGACAUCAUCCUCGAGAGCAUUCCCACCGACAACCCAGAGGCUCACAGCAACCUCUACAUUCUCACGGGCCACCAGAGCAGUUACUGAGGGGGCCCGGCUGGCCAGUGGCAUUCCCCCACCCAGCCCCCACGCCUUAGCCCGCAGUCCCUUUUAGGCAAAGGGGCCCUGCCCAGAUCAGAGGAGCCCAGGCCCCGGCUCUGCUGGUCUGAAGGGCACAAUAAUCCUGAGAAGAGUUUGGGGGCUGGGUGGGGAGGGGAGCCCACCCAUGCCUCUGCAACAACUGGACCAGAGGAAGCUGCUGUCACCUCCCUGUCCCCUGCGGGCAGCCCAGUCCCUAGUGCCCCGUGGCAGGGGCCCUGGGCAGGGUGGGGGCGGGCCCCGGGGGAUCCAUUCCAUUUUGUUCCACAUUUCCUUUCCACUCUUCCUGCCAAGAGCCUGCCCCUGCGCCCUGUCUUGGGGAGCAUGGUAUUUAAAAGAGAGACUAUAUUGAUAUUAAAGCUGGUUUAAUUUUA